AUGGCCCUCUCCAUCAAGCACCAGCUCCAGCGCUGGACCGUCCAACAACUGCACAGAAUUGGCUUCACGAAAGUGACUCUGUCCACUCCACUGCCAACCCGUGGGGACGGGUCGACAUUUGAUAUGGACGACGACGACUAUGAUGCGCGCUCUGCCCAACUUAGGGAGCAUCAUGGUCAUCCACGCACGCAUUCUCACGCCGAGAUAUAUGAAGGGUCAACGGCGUGUGAUCAUACUACGGACACUUCUUUCUCGACGGCUACUCGUCGGCGAGGGAUAAGGGUGUUCCGGUUUCUACGUAUUCGGGGUUCGAGAGGGAUCAAGGUUGGGGAAGACGAGCAGACUGGGUGA